CACAAACAGCAGCGUCCUAAUGGCCAUUGAACCGCACACAUCAUCAUGAGCUGUCGCGUGCGUCCAUCAUUCAUCCCUCAAUGCUCGGCAUGUCUCCGUAGCUUUGUUGAAGCAUCAUGGCGACCACUUCAUCAGCAACAGGUGCGCGGAGCGAAGUCAAGCACAACUAUACCCGUGCAGCUCCUCAAGGAUUUGGAUCGCUUUGGCCGAAAAGGCGCAUUCGUUGCAGUUCCGCCAGGAACAAUGCGUAACAACUGGUUCCCCUCCAAUGUUGCUCGGUAUGCCACGCCCGAGGAGCGACUUGCUAUAAAACGAGGCGAAAUCAAUGUUUCGCGGGACUAUGAGUUCCAGGUUAUGGCUGAAGCCUCUUCCUGGAAACAUCAGACGAAGUCUCGACCAUUUGAAAGCAUGGUGACAGGAGUCAAUAAGCCGGCUUCGACCGACAUCGAGAUUAAGACAGUUGAGCCGAAUCGCGCCAUAGCGCUUCUAGAUGUACUGCUUCCCGAAGUAUUCACCUUCGAGCGCAAACCGGUCCCCAAGGGCUCUGGCAAAAACGACAGCAAGAGCAAACUGCCGGCCUCAGUGCAGGCCAUGCUCAAGGCGAGCAUACCGGAGACACCUACGGCCAUUUACGGCUCCGUUUCAACACCAGAUGUAGCUCAAUACAUUCGUGAGGCAGUUGCAUACAACGAUGAGGCGGCGCAGAUACAACUUAGCGAGGCAAACUUGAGGUUUGUGAACCCGAUAGAGGGAGAUGAUGCUACAAGGAUUAAGCACUUGGGCACGUAUGAGGUAGAGAUAUCGUUCAAGGGCGCUGAUGCCCCGAUGGUGAAGAAAGUGGUGGUCAAGAGUCCUGGCCAGACAUCGAAUCAGACAGCCAUGGAUCCGUCGAUGGAGCAGGCGCUCUCGCCUGCUGGGUCUGAGGUUGUGCAUCGUAGAUAAUAGCAACAGAAUGUUCAGCUCGAGCCCAUGACUCUCCUAGCCGCUAGUGUUGGGCGCCAUGGCGCGCAGUUCGUUCUA